AUGGCAGCCGAUAAACUUCUAUCUGUUGAAGAGGUGUCUAAACAUAAGACACCUGAAGAUUGUUGGAUUGUUGUCAACGGUCAGGUGUGGGACGUAACGGAUUUUGUGGAAGAGCACCCCGGAGGUCCUACGAUUAUUCUGAAAUAUGCGGGUCGCGAUGCCACCAAGGCCUACUCAGAGGCUCAUACUCCCGGUGUCAUCAAGCAGUAUCUCCCAUCAGAGAAGUACAUGGGACUCCUUGACAAGUCCACAAUCAAUGAUGAGUGGCUCAAGCAACCACCGAGCGAAAAUCCACAAGUCGUCCUCGAAAAUGAGAAGCCACCUCUUGAUACCCUUAUCAACUCGCAUGACUUCGAACUUGUUGCGUCUAAGACAGCCAGCAAGAAGACGUGGGCAUUCUACUCAAGUGCUGCAACAGAUCUGCUUACUCGUAAUGCGAACAAAUCUUGCUUCGACAGAAUAUGGUUCCGGCCUCGAGUGCUCAGGAAUGUCCGUUCUGUCGAUUCGAGCUCGAAGAUUCUCGGCAUCGACAGUAGUCUGCCUUUGUUUGUAAGCCCCGCCGCUAUGGCCAAACUCAUUCAUCCGGAUGGGGAGUGUGCCAUUGCGAAGGCCUGUGAAAGCAGGGGGAUCAUGCAGGGGGUUUCUAAUAAUUCUUCCUAUACUUUGGAAGAACUUACGCAAGCUGCUCCCUCAGCGAACUUCUUUUUCCAGCUGUACGUCAAUCGGGAUAGGGAGAAGUCCGCUGCUCUCUUGCGCAAAUGCUCAGCCAAUCCCAACGUCAAAGCUAUCUUCGUGACUGUCGAUGCCGCCUGGCCGGGCAAGCGGGAGGCCGAUGAGCGAGUCAAGGCCGACGAGAAUCUGUCUGUCCCGAUGGCGCCGUCCCGGGUGAAGAACGACAAGAAGGGUGGCGGUCUUGGGCGCGUGAUGGCUGGCUUCAUUGACCCCGGACUGACCUGGGAGGAUUUGGUGUGGGUCCGGAAGCAUACCCGUCUACCUGUGUGUCUGAAAGGAGUGAUGUCUGCCGAUGACGCCAUCCUGGCGAUGCAGGCUGGGUUGGAUGGUAUCCUUCUCAGCAACCACGGAGGGCGCAAUCUCGACACUAGUCCUCCCUCGAUUGUUACUCUUCUGGAACUUCACAAGCGCUGUCCCGAGAUCUUCGGCAAGAUGGAGAUCUACGUGGACAGCGGAAUCCGUCGAGGGACCGACAUCCUCAAGGCCAUCUGCCUAGGUGCCACAGCUGUUGGGAUGGGACGCAGCAUGCUUUUUGCUACUAAUUACGGCCAGGAGGGAGUUGAGCAUUUGAUCGAUAUCAUGAAGGAUGAACUGGAAACAGCGAUGCGGAACAAUGGAAUCACGACGCUUGACCAGGCUGGCCCACACAUGGUCCACACGGGUGAUAUCGACCAUCUUGUGCCUGACUCCGCGUCACAUCCGUACGCCCGAGCAGUCGCAAGGGGUCGAUCUGCCACGGCAGUCGCCAAGCUUUAA